AUGGACUCCUACGGAAGCAACUCCUACUCCAACGACAACAUGUCCUCCGGCAUGGGCAGCGGCCGAGACUCCUACGGCUCAAACAACAACAGCAGCGACUACUCCUCGUCCCGCAACGAGGGGAGCUACGGCCGCUCGGGCGGCAACGACAGCGAGUACGGCUCCAACUCCAACUCCGGCAUGAACUCCGGCUUCGGAUCCGGCCGCCGCGACCGCGAUGAGGACAGCGGCAGCUUUGGCGGCUCCGGCCGAGACAGCUACGGCAGCAACGACAACAAUUCGUCGGGCUUUGGCGGCUCCACGGGCAACAGCUUCGGCUCCUCGGAGCGCAAGGAGCGCUCGUCCGAGUACGGAAACAAGAACUCGGGCAGCUACGAGAACGACUCGGGCUUCAGCUCUCGACGAGAGAAUAACAGCUUCGGCUCCUCCAACAACAACGAGUAUGGCUCCGGCAACAGCGGCUUCGGCAGCGGCGAGCACAAGAAGGAGAGCUUCACUGACAAAGUGAUUGACGGCGCCGCCAAAGUGGCCAAGGACAAGUGGUAA